GAACCAAUAGCACAAUCCUUCGGUUCAGUCUGUCGCGAACUCGUGCCACGCGUGUUUCUGCCUCUCCGUACUCUCUGUUUGCUCCUCUAGUAGAGCCAGUGCAAAAGUCUAUCGACACGCUCAAAGGAUCUGCGGCAGCCUACUAAAUCUAGAACAGUGACAUUCGAACAAAUAUCCGGUCGGUAGUGACACAUAGUGAGUGAACCCGCGAGCAAACAAAAAGCAACCAAUUAGGGCUCGCCGCAUGGAAGUGUAUCAUUAGCCUACUCAGCAAAGUGGAAGUGAACAAUCAAAUUAGCCUACCAGCAGGCAUCUACCAGAAGGCAUAAACAACUAACUGCCCGAUCGAAGUAACCCGUGUCAACAGCCAACGAUGGGAAACGCGUGUUCGGAUAAUUCGAAAACUCCCAUUCCUGGUGGUAGAUACCAGCCUGAGAGCGCCUCGGCGAAAACGCACACCACAGCAGGCAUGAUGACCAGCGGCAGCCACAGUGCUGCGUCCCGUGGCAAUGCCGCGGCAGUCUGCAGUGAGCUGUCAAACGGCAAACAAGCACCCCCGACGAGUUGGGCCACCACCGGAACGCAAUCCGCUUGUAAAUUUAGUUCUACCGCCAACAGCAACAACACCAUGAGCGAGUGUAGCCGCAAUCGUUUAGGCCAGUGGCCAGUCGAGUCCGAUAGCGAAGUCGCCGGAGGAGUAUCCGGAUUUGGGCGGCUACACAACGGCCGGUUCAAUAAGGGUUUGGCUUUUACCAUUGAGGAACGUCAGGCGUUGGGUCUUCAUGGUUUGCUACCGGCCACCGUACGUUCCGAGGAGGAGCAGGUCCAGCAUUGCCUCACCUUGCUGAAUCGUUAUGAAAAUGAUUUGGACAAGUACAUCUACCUGGUUGGCUUGUUGGAUCGCAAUGAGCGAUUGUUCUACCGGGUGUUGUCGUCGGAUAUUGGAAACAUGAUGCCGCUGGUUUACACCCCAACGGUAGGAUUGGCCUGUCAGAAGUACAGCAUGAUCUAUCAACAGCCGAAGGGCAUGUACAUCACUAUCAACGAUAAGGGUCAUGUUUAUGAUGUGCUGAAGAACUGGCCCGAAACGGACGUGCGUGCCAUCUGUGUAACUGAUGGCGAACGUAUCCUGGGAUUGGGAGAUCUGGGUGCCAAUGGUAUGGGCAUUCCUGUCGGCAAGCUCGCCCUCUACACGGCUUUGGCAGGAAUUAAACCCCAUCAGUGCUUACCCGUCACUCUGGAUGUGGGAACCAACACCCAAAGCAUUCUGGAUGAUCCUCUGUACGUUGGACUCCGACAUAAGCGUGUGACCGGUGAGGCGUACGACGAAUUCAUUGAGGAAUUCAUGCAAGCUGCCGUGCGUCGCUUCGGUCGCAACUGCCUGAUUCAGUUCGAAGACUUUGGAAACUCCAACGCUUUCCGGUUUUUGGACAAAUACCGUGAUAACUAUUGUACCUUCAAUGAUGACAUUCAGGGUACUGCUUCAGUUGCCGUUGCCGGUUUGCUUGCCUCGCUGCGUGUCACCAAGACAAAGCUGAGCGAAAACACGGUUCUGUUCCAAGGUGCCGGUGAAGCCGCUCUUGGUAUUGCCGAGCUCUGCGUCAUGGCUAUGCGACAGGAUGGAAUGAGCGAAGAGGACGCCCGCAAACGAAUUUGGUUGGUGGACAGCAAGGGUCUGAUUGUUAAGGAUCGUCCGAAGGGAGGUAUCUCUGGCCAUAAGCACCGAUUUGCUCACGACCAUGCCCCGGUCGAUACAUUGGCCGAAGCCGUCAAGGACAUCAAACCAACCGUGAUCAUUGGCGCGGCUGCCAUCGCGGGAGCCUUCACUCCAGAAAUCAUCCGCACCAUGGCUGAUCUGAACGAGCGCCCUAUUAUCUUUGCCCUGUCGAAUCCCACAAGCAAAGCUGAAUGCACGGCUGAACAAGCCUAUGAACACACGGAUGGCCGCUGUGUGUUUGCUUCAGGAUCGCCUUUCCCACCCGUUACGUACAAGGGAAAAACUUAUUACCCCGGUCAGGGCAACAACUCGUAUAUUUUCCCCGGAGUGGCCCUUGGAGUGAUCUGCGCCGGAGCGGACACCAUCCCCGAGGAUAUUUUCCUCAUCUCCGCUCAACGCUUGGCCGAAAUUGUCACCGAAGACGAUCUGGAACGUGGCAGCUUGUACCCACCGCUGGAAACUAUCCAGGAUUGUUCCAUCAAAAUUGCCGUCCGUAUUAUGGAGUACGCUUACAAGUAUGGCCUCGCAUGCACAAAACCGGAACCAAGUGAUAAGGAGGCAUUCAUCCGUGGUCAGAUGUACGACCUCACCUACAAAUCGGCCCUGCCUGUCAUGUACCCAUGGCCGAAGCUGUAAAUGUCGACUGAAAGGUCGUGAUUGUUUUGUACAUUUUUUUUCGUUUUUAAACAUGUCUUUCAAUUACAUUAUUACACAUUAAAAAGCAACGAAUGAUUUCAUGCGGGUUUAAGGAUUUCAUGCUUUCAGGUUUUCUAAAAGAAAAAAAUGAAUUCUUUCUCUAAGAGAUAUUGCAAUUUUAUUUCAACUUUCAUAGGCAAUUUUUUUAGCUAAAUUCUAUGUGUGGAAAAACUCCGCAUUUUUUAUAAGUUGCUUUUGUUUUAUUUUCUGUUAGCGCAUAUAAAACUGUCCGUGUCGAUCAACUAAUCAAUGUGCUUGUCGGUAGGUAUUCGUAUUCUUACAUCACCUUUUCAUCAAAAAUCAUACAAACAAGAAGAAAAAAGUUUAUAAAUGUAAUUUAUUCGAACCAAUAUUAUAUAAGACAAUGUUGAUUUAUAAAUAGUAUGUAUGUAUGAUCAACAGCUAGCUGAUGAAUGGUACUACAAAUCAAUAAAUGUAAGUGGCUAUCGAGCUGGUGGAGAAA